AUGGAAUUUCUCAAGAACUGUGUGCUUAGAAGAAAUGCACGCGCAGCGGUUCGCUUCUGGAGAAGCAAAAUUGUACAAAAUACUGUAGUAGUUAGAAAGAUUAGUACUACUUCUCCGAAGUGCACUGUCAUGCCUGCUUGGGUGAUAGAUAAAUAUGGAAAGAAUGAAGUGCUUCGAUUUACUCAGAACAUGAUGUUACCCAUCAUACACUACCCAAAUGAAGUCAUUAUCAAAGUCCAUGCUGCAAGUGUAAAUCCUAUAGAUGUUAAUAUGAGAAGUGGUUACGGAGCGACGGCUUUAAACAUGAAGCGUGAUCCCUUACUGAUUAAAAACAGAGGAGAAGAAUUCCCUCUGACUCUAGGUCGGGAUGUCUCUGGUGUGAUAAUGGAGUGUGGUCUUGACGUGAAGUACUUCAAGCCUGGAGAUGAGGUCUGGGCUGCAGUUCCUCCGUGGAAACAAGGCACUUUCUCUGAGUUUGUUGUAGUCAGUGGGAAUGAGGUCUCUCACAAACCGAAAUCUCUCACUCACACGCAGGCUGCUUCCUUGCCAUAUGUGGCUCUCACAGCCUGGUCUGCCAUAAACAAGAUUGGCGGCCUGAGUGACAAGAACUGCAAAGGAAAGCGUGUUUUAAUCCUGGGUGCUUCUGGUGGAGUUGGGACUUUUGCCGUACAGGUGGUGAAAGCAUGGGGUGCUCAUGUAACAGCAGUUUGCUCUCAGGAUGCCAGUGAACUUGUCAGGAAGCUUGGUGCAGAUGAUAUCAUUGAUUACAAAUCGGGAACCGUAGAAGAGCAGUUGAAGUCCUUAAAACCGUUUGAUUUUAUCCUUGAUAAUGUUGGUGGAUCCACUGAAACGUGGGCUCUAAAUUUUCUCAAGAAAUGGUCAGGAGCCACAUUUGUCACUCUGGUGACUCCUUUCCUCCUGAACAUGGACCGAUUGGGCAUAGCAGAUGGCAUGUUACAGACAGGAGUCACCGUGGGCUCUAAGGCACUAAAGCAUUUCUGGCAAGGAGUCCAUUAUCGCUGGGCGUUUUUCAUGGCCAGUGGUCCAUGUCUAGACAGCAUUGCAGAACUGGUGGAUGGCGGAAAGAUUCAACCAGUAAUUGAACAAACCUUUCCUUUUUCUAAAGUUCCAGAGGCCUUCCUAAAGGUAGAAGGAGGACAUGCACGAGGAAAGACCGUGAUUAAUGUCAUUUAA